AAAACAUACUCUCAUGAAGAUAUUGCUGUUGUGCUGCUUAAUGGUCCUGUUGUACUUAUAGUAUUGGUCAGAUAGUGUGAACUUGGCAUAGAAUGAUGAUGUUAAAACUUGCAAUUCAUUUUUAUUCUAUUUGAUUUUAAAGUGUAAAACCCACUCAGAUUGUUUUUGUUUGGAAAAGCUAAAAAAUACUAAUGUGUGUUGCUUUGUGUUGUCUUUAAAAAAAAAAACAGAGUCAAAAGCAUCCUUCAUGUUGGCAUUAUGCAUGUAUUGGAAAAGACCGUGUAUGUGAUGCAAAUCUCCUUUAUUUCACUUUUAAAAAAUCUGUUCUCUCUCUCCAAAAGCUUUCCUCAGUUUACAGUGCUAAAGGAUGGUGCCUCUACUUAUUUUCUUAAGUCACUUUCGUAUUGUUUAUAAGAAAACCAGUGUGAAAUUGCUGCAAAGCAGAGAUGAUUAUACAGAGAGUAGUGCUGAAUUCGCGGCCUGGGAAGAAUGGAGUGCCAGUGGCUGAAAACUUCCGACUGGAACAAAGUACAAUAGCGGAUACAAUCCAAGCAGGACAAGUGCGUGUUAAAACCCUCUAUCUCUCUGUGGACCCUUACAUGCGCUGCCGAAUGAAUGAGGACACUGGCUCCGAUUACCUGCAGCCCUGGCAGCUCUCUCAAGUUGCUGAUGGUGGCGGUGUUGGGGUUGUGGAGGAGAGCAAGCACGAUAACCUCGCUGUAGGAGACUUUGUAACUUCCUUCACCUGGCCCUGGCAGACAGUGGCAAUUCUAGAUGGCAGCUUGCUACAAAAGCUUGUUCCACAGCUUGUGAAUGGACGCCUUUCCUACUUCCUCGGUGCAGCUGGCAUCACGGGACUGACGGCCCUGCUGGGUGUCAGGGAGAAGGGACACGUGGCUGUGGGUGCGAAUCAGACAAUGGUGGUGAGCGGAGCAGCCGGUGCCUGCGGCUCUUUGGCCGGCCAGAUUGGCCGUCUGGAGGGCUGCUCUAGAGUGGUGGGGAUUGCUGGCACAGAUGAGAAGUGCUCCAUUUUGGUCCAAGAAAUGGGGUUUGAUGCUGCUAUCAAUUACAAGAAGGGAAAUGUGGCAGAACAGCUACGUGAACUCUGCCCAGGCGGUGUGGAUGUUUACUUUGACAAUGUUGGUGGAGACAUCAGUGAUACGGUUAUAAGUCAGAUGAAUCAGAACAGCCAUAUCAUCCUGUGUGGACAGAUUUCUCAGUAUAACAAAGAUGUGCCUUAUCCUCCUCCACUGCCUCCUGACAUAGAAAAAAUACGGAAAGAAAGGAACAUCACAAGGGAAAGAUUCUUAGUGUUGAACUACAUGGACAAACACGAAGCUAGUGUAUUACAACUCUGCCAGUGGAUCCAAGAAGGUAAACUGAAGGUCAGAGAGACCACAGUAGAAGGCUUAGCAAACAUCGGUGCUGCUUUCCAGUCCAUGAUGAGCGGAGGCAAUAUUGGAAAACAGAUCGUCUCAGUUUCUAAGUAAAAGUCAUUGGUUUAAGAAAAAUAAUUGCCCUCUGUCUCUAAUAGUGAGGAAGCUUUCACUUAUACUAAUUUCCAUUUUUAAAUAAACAAUCAAGUUGUUCUGUAUGGAUUGAAAGCAGAGAUUUUGGGAUGCUAAUAAACUAAAUAGAACUGCAAA